AUGGCCCAGGCCCAGACUGCUGGUACCUUCAACAAGCCCGGCUUCGACCUCAUCAACAACUACACCUACUGCUUCUUCGGUGAUGGUUGCGCCAUGGAGGGUAUUGCCUCUGAGGCCGCCUCCACCGCCGGUCACUUGCAGCUCGGCAACCUCAUCGCCAUCUACGAUGACAACCACAUUUCCAUUGGUCAGUAG